AAAUCAAUGGGAUAAUUUGGUGGGAGGGAGGAUGACGUAAUUUUACUCAACUCGAGAAAGCCUCGGGGGACGACCGUUUUCCGGCACUGCUCAAGCUUGACUCUUUAUCUUCUUCCCGAAACGAAGCUCUACUCCGUCUCUCUGAUUCUUUCCGGCCAUGGAGUUUGAGGUCCGGUUAGUCGGAGGCAUAGACAACUGCUUCGUCUCCCUCCCCCUGUCCCUAAUCCAAACCCUCCACUCCUCCUCCCCAUCCCUCCCGCCAGUUCUCGCUCUCGAGCUCCGCUCUUCCUCCACCGCCGACCGCUGGAACGUCGCUUGGUCCGGCGCCACCUCCGCUUCUCAGGCUAUUGAGGUUGCUCAGCAAUUUGGGGAUUGCAUUUCGUUGCCAGAUCGCGCUAGGGUUCAAGUUCAAGCUCUUUCGAAUGUGCAGAAGGCUACUCUGGUCACUAUUGAGCCUUCCACUGAGGAUGAUUGGGAGGUUUUGGAGCUUAAUGCUGAGCUAGCAGAGGCUGCAAUUUUGAAUCAGGUGAGGAUUCUCCGUGAAGAAAUGAGAUUUCCUUUGUGGUUGAAUGGCCGCACUUCCAUUACAUUCCAAGUUGCUUCAACCUUCCCGAAGAAAUUGGUGGUGCAACUGGUGCCAGGGACUGAAGUUGCAGUUGCUCCAAAGAGACGCAAGACUGUCAACCCACAUGGAGAUCCUUCCAUGCUCUCUUCUAACGGAAAGUAUCAUAUUUCAAAGGCACUACUGCGCGUUCAAGAUCCGGACAGGAGAUUAGUUCACAAAAGUUAUGUCAAGGGCGUUGAGCUUGGAGUUGUUCUCACUUCUGUUGCUAUGGUUCACCCAGAAACAGCAAAAAUGUUCUCCUUACAAUCUCCUCAGUUCGUAGCUGUAGUGCCAAGAUUAUCACCAAAAGAGAGCAUGAAAAAUUCUGAAAAUGAUGGGUUGAAAACAAGAAGCAGUUCAACUCUGAAGGAAUCUAACAGUGGAAAUGACAAAAAGGACAAUCGUGAAGUAAUUGUUCGGCUGUUGAUUUCUGAUUCAGUUGCUAAAGGGCAUGUUAUGAUUGCCCAAUCUCUUCGUCUUUAUUUGAGAACUCGUCUGCAUUCAUGGGUUUAUUUGAAGGUAUGCAAUGGUAUUUUGAAGAAUGACAUUCCAUUCCUUUCACUUUCUCCUUGUCACUUUAAGAUAUUGAAGGACAAAGCUGUUGAAAGAAAUGGUCUAGAUGUUCUUGAAAGGCAUAAACUUCGCAAGAAGAAAAACAUGCUUCUGACGACCGGCUCAAGCACCUAUAUAGAUGUUGCUGAUUGGUCAACCCAUGACAAAGUUGUUGCUGGUUUUUCAUGUGAAUCUUCUUGCAAAGAAGAUGAAGAGGCAGCUCCGCAUUCUGACGAGUUAAAGGGAGUAGAGAGUCUUGUUAAAGCGUGGGUCCUUGCACAAUUUGAUGCUAUUGCUUCCAAUGCAGGAGAAAAAGUUAAUUCCUUAGUUUUGGGAAAUGAAACUAUACUUCACUUUGAAGUGAAGGGGCAUAAAUUUGAGAUUGAGGAAAAGCUACAAGAAUCAUCAGAUGGAUCCCUUGAAAACAAAAAGAAGAAUGCUGAGCAACCAGUUGAAAUCUUGUAUGUACUGAAAUUCUCCAAUGAAUCUCAACUUGCUGGAAAUGCAUAUGAGCUUGUAUUUGAUGAAAGAAACGAAGGUAACAAUAAUAUUGGAGGUGUAGAGUCAAUUGGCAAGCUGAAGGUGGUCGAUCCUAAGAUGGCCGAUCCUGUGACCUUUAAUUCAGUUAGAGAGAGAAUGUCUGAAAAAGAUAUCAAUUCUGAUGUAUCAACCUUGAGCUGGAUGGGGACAAUUGCUUCUGACGUUUUAAAUAGAAUGUUGGUGUUGUUAUCUCCUGCUUCUGGGGCAUGGUUCAGCUCACACGAUCUUCCUCUCCCUGGACAUGUUCUGCUAUAUGGACCUCCUGGUUCGGGAAAGACAUUAUUGGCGAGAACUGUUGCUAAGUGUCUCGAAGAACAUGAAAACCUCUUAGCGCACAUAGUUUUUGUACCUUGUUCUCAACUUGCCUUGGAAAAGGCCUCGACCAUUCGCCAAGCGCUUUUGAGCUAUAUAUCUGAGGCUUUAGACCAUGCUCCAUCUCUUGUAAUUCUUGAUGAUCUUGAUAGCAUUGUUUCAUCCUCUUCAGACUCCGAAGGAUCUCAAGCUUCAACCUCUGUGCUUGCACUGACAGAAUUUCUCAUUGACAUUAUGGAUGAAUAUUGGGAAAAAAGGAAGAACACAUGUGGAAUUGGUCCGCUUGCAUUCAUAGCUUCAAUAAAGUCUUUAGAGAGUAUACCACAGUCAUUAAGCUCUUCAGGAAGGUUUGAUUUUCACGUGCAAUUGCCUGCUCCUGCUGCCUCAGAACGUGCAGCCAUUUUAAAGCAUGAAAUUCAGAGACGCUGUUUACAAUGUUCUGAUGAUAUCUUAGAAGAUGUAGCUUCCAAAUGUGAUGGCUAUGAUUCAUAUGAUCUGGAAAUCUUGGUUGAUAGAACUGUUCAUGCUGCCAUUGGUCGUUUUCUGCCUCAUCAUUUAUCUGUCGACAAGUGUGAAAAGCCCACUUUACUUAGGGAUGAUUUCUCUCGGGCAAUGCAUGAUUUCCUUCCAGUUGCCAUGCGCGACAUCACUAAAUCUGCUCCUGAAGGUGGCCGGUCUGGGUGGGAUGAUGUUGGCGGUCUUGUUGACAUCCGCAAUUCAAUUAAAGAGAUGAUUGAAUUGCCUUCAAGGUUUCCAAAUAUAUUUGCGAAAGCUCCUUUAAGGUUGCGAUCAAAUAUUCUAUUGUAUGGUCCACCUGGCUGUGGAAAGACACACAUAGUUGGUUCUGCUGCUGCAGCUUGUUCACUUAGAUUUAUAUCCAUCAAGGGACCUGAACUCUUGAAUAAAUACAUUGGCGCUUCUGAGCAAGCUGUUCGGGAUAUAUUCUCCAAAGCUGCUGCUGCAGCACCAUGUCUUCUCUUUUUUGACGAAUUUGAUUCCAUAGCCCCCAAAAGAGGGCAUGACAAUACUGGAGUAACUGACCGUGUCGUCAAUCAGUUUCUGACCGAAUUGGAUGGUGUUGAAGUUUUGACUGGUGUUUUUGUUUUUGCUGCGACAAGUAGACCAGAUUUACUUGAUGCUGCACUGUUGAGACCUGGUAGGCUAGAUCGCCUUCUGUUUUGUGAUUUUCCAUCUCUGCGUGAAAGGUUGGAUAUUUUGACGGUCCUUUCGAAAAAGCUACCAAUGGAUGAUGAUGUGGAUUUAAGAGCCAUAGCUUAUAUGACUGAGGGAUUUAGUGGGGCCGACCUUCAAGCUCUGCUCUCAGAUGCUCAGCUUGCAGCAGUGCAUGAGAUUCUAAAUGCUGAAGAUACCAAUGAUCCAGGGAAGAAGCCAGUUAUUUCUGAUGCUCUCUUGAAGUCUACUGCUUCGAGGGCAAGACCAUCCGUUUCUGAAGCUGAGAAGACAAGAUUGUAUGGCAUUUACAACCAGUUCUUGGAUUCAAAGAGAUCUGUUGCUGCACAGUCGAGAGAUGCAAAAGGCAAGAGGGCAACCCUAGCAUGAUUUACGAGUGAAUUUAAUGACCUAAUGUUCUUCAGGAAAUCAAAAUCCAGAAUGGUUGCUUGACCAUUUUGGCAACGCUUCUGAUGGUGCGGCCUUCACUUUAUGUCGCUCUGCUGAUGCUGCUGCUUCAGAUGACCUUUGCCAAAGAGAUAGAUAGCAGCGUCGUACGCCCAGGGUAGGUUUGGCAGCAAAGGAUGGGUGAGAACUGAGAACAGGUUUGCAAUAAAUUUUCAUCUGGACUCGUAGUUUGAUAGAAUAUCAAAAUUCCAAUGAUUUUUGUUCUUGAAUAUAGUGGCUAUACACAGUAGUUCAGUCCUGGACAUUAAGAAUAGCGCUUGAGAGGCUUAGCGUGACUGUAGCGCUACUUGGGAUUAAUUUGUCUGUAACUAGAAGGGAUUCAUAUAUUUUUGAACUGUUACGAAGGUCCCCCUGGAGCAAUAAGAGGGUUCAUGUAAACAAGUGAACCCGUUGGUUUAUUUAUGAAAUAUCAGAUUUCCUUUUCA